UAAAAAAAAUUCACACAUCAGGCCCUAGUUAUUCAUGAGUAGAUUUUGAUGAUUAUGUGUAGGCUACUAACCUCUACAUGGACAGACUUGUAGUGUUGUCGGGAUUAAACAGGAUUACUGCUCUCUGAUCCGCUUUAAUCUCAGACACCUGAACAGUGAGCACUUACACAUCCACUGGACCUGAGUGAAAACACCACUGGAAUUAUCAUUUUACUAUCAACAUCUCAACACACAUCUCUCUCUGUUACAGGUGAGUCGUGUGCAUGUACGUGAGUGUGUAUCUGUGAGUGUUUCGAUGAGACAUUGAAGUUAGGAUUAACUAAUGGCAGAUAAACGGAUGGUUAGUUAGCUUCACUGCCAUCUGUUACUUCAAACAAAACUAAAUGUCUGGAUGGGUAACUGGGGAAACUUUAAAUUAGAUGGUUUUUUUUUGGCAGAUGAUUAAAUGGAUAAGUCCCAUAGAGGUGUAAUGAAGGAGAGACACAGCUUUAGUUGAAUACUGGAGUCUAGAAUAACCUGUUUCAGGACAACAAGAAAUAAGAAAUGCACCAAUGGCUUUAGUUUUAAAGCUUUUAUAAUGCGGUAGUGUUCUUGUACAUGUAGUUCAUGUUUGUGAUAUUUAGCCGUGAUAUUAUUACACUUUAACAGCUACGUAUUAGAACUGAGGAUGAGGAAGAGGGAGGAAGAGUCUUGUGAACAGAUACAGGACACCAACCUGGACUCACCCUUGUGUCUCAGUUUGACACAGAGCUCCAACGAAGGCAUCGACAAUCCCACUUUUGAUGCUAUGGAUUUUGAGAAGGAAACCAAGACAGAGCUGGAGGAUUUACUGCUCUCUCUUGAGGAGCUGAAGGUUCAUCUGGAUGACAUUGAGAGUCAGGAGGACGUUCAGCUGUUGGUGGAGCUUCUUCUUCAGAGUGAUUUCCAGAAGGUUUUCCUCAUGCACCGCAGCGUCGCUCUGACUAUGAGACACCUCCAUCUGCCACACCCGCUCACAGCACACGCCCUACAGCUCAGAGAUGAGGUGGAAAAUGUUUUACAGUCGUACAGUAAAUAUACUGAAGCUACAGAUCUUACAGACCUCUUGAGUUCCCCCCAUCUACAGGCCCUGAUGGAAGCUCACGACUGUAUAGCCCAGCAGGAAUUGAACAUGGACUCAACUGAAACCAUGGAGCCGUGUGGAAAGACCACAAAACUGGUGUGUCUGGAGAAAACACGUGACGUGCCUCUGGGUGUGACGGUUCGAAACCAUCAUGACUGCGUGAUCAUCAGUCGGGUGGUCCGCGGAGGGACGGCAGAGAAAAGUGGUCUCCUCAGUGAAGGGGAUGAAAUCCUGCAGAUCAAUGGCGUUGUGGUCCGUGGGAGAAGUGUCAAUGACGUCCACAACAUCCUGUCCAGCAUGCAUGGACCCCUCACAUUUCUACUCAUCCCUAACUCUCAAAACAAAAUAUCUUCUCACAGACAGACUUUGAUGCAUGUAAAAGCAAACUUUAACUAUGACCCAUCCGAUGACCCGUACGUGCCGUGCCGAGAGUUAGCUCUGUCCUUCUGUAAAGGAGACGUCCUGCAUGUCAUUAGCCAGGAUGAUCCUAACUGGUGGCAGGCGUACAGGGACGGAGAUGAGAACCAAAAACCCCUCGCUGGCCUCAUACCCGGAAAGAGCUUUCAGCAGCACAGAGAAGCCAUGAAGAAAACCAUUACAGACCAGAAUCAAGAACAUAAAGGGAAACAUUGGUACUCAAAGAAAAAUAAAAAGCAACAAAUAAAACCUUUGUAUGACCCUAAUGUUGCACACCACAUUGAUGAUAUUCUGACCUAUGAAGAGGUGGCAUUAUACCAACAGCCACCUGACCGCAAACGUCCCAUCAUUCUGAUUGGUCAACCAAACAGUGGACAAGAUGGGUUGAGACAGAGACUGCUGUCAUUAGAGCCCAGCCGAUUCGCCAGCGCCGUUCCACACACCACACGUACCCCCCGCUUGUAUGAGGUCAGUGGAAGAGAGUACAAUUUUGUAUCGCGUGAGAGCUUCGAAUCUGACCUGGCCUCAGGAAAGUUCAUUGAGUCUGGAGAAUUUGAGCGAAACCUGUACGGCACAAACACAGAUUCAGUCAAACAGAUUAUUAACUCGGGAAAAAUCUGUCUGCUAUGCCUGCAACCCAGGUCUCUUCAAGUCGUGCGUUCCUCUGAUCUGAAACCCUACAUCAUCUUCAUCAGACCUCCUGUCCUGUUGACCAAAGGAGGGAAGAAACACAAGGUCGAGGACACGAGUGAGCUCCUGAAGAAAGCCUGUGAGAUGGAGCAAAGCUAUGGUCACUUGUUUGACGCGGUCAUUACGAACAGUGAUGUAAACAAAAGUGUCUUUGAACUGAUGAAACUUAUUAACAAACUGGACACAGAGCCACAGUGGGUUCCUUACUCCUGGGUGUGCUGAAGGGCCCUGACUGACUCCAGAACAGUUUCUGUUUAGAAAGAUGGUGCAAGUUAUUUAGAGAAUAAUUGAUUGUCCAGCUCUAUUGAGAACAUUCCCAUAUGGCAAAAAAUAGAUAUAUUCAAAUAUAAUUUAAUGAUAUAUAAUUUUUAGGAAGGCCAAAAAACAUAUUUUUACAAAAAUGUAUUUUUCACUAAUGUAUUUUCGGCCAUUUUUUAUAUUUUGAAAUAUAUUUCAACCUUAUAUAAGCUUUACAUUCACAUCACAUUGGAAGAUAAACUUUGUUACAAAUCUAUUAAAAUUAAAUUUCAUCUGCAAAAAUGUACUUUAUAAAAUGUAAUAUUUUGCCAUAUGGUUUGUAAAAUUAGAAAUGUAUUUGUUGCCCCUGAAAUACAUUUUGAAAUGUGAAGGUUAAAAUAUAUGUAAUAUAUUUAAUUAAGCUUUACUUUUAAAAAAUUAUUUAGCGUAUAUUUAAAACAUAUUUUAGGCCAGAGAAUUAUUAUUUUUUUGCUGUUUGGGUUAGUUUGGAGAGGUUAAAAAUGUGUCCGUUCAAAAUGGCAUAAUUACAGUACACUUCCAUAGGGAUUUGAUAUUUUUCAAAAUAUACAAAACAUGGCCAAAAAUAUAUUUCCUGAAAUAUAUUUAGGAAUAAGUUUACAAAAAUACAUUUUCCACCCAUAUAUCUUUGGCCAUUUUUUGUAUAUUUUGAAAUAUAUUUUAAAAAAUAAAUACAUUUUAAAGCAUUAAAAAUAUAUUUCA